AUGGCUUUAUUUCGUAGCAUAGCACCCACAAGAUUAGUCGAUUCACAGAAAGUUGCAGUCUUUCUGAGACAACUCAGUGAUGCAUCCACCGACCUCAAAGCUGUUUUGGCAGCAAAAGUACCCAAGGAACAGGAAAGGGUCAAGAAUUUCCGUAAAUCGCAUGGAAAUGAAAAAGUUGGAGAAGUCACAGUUGACAUGAUGUAUGGUGGCAUGAGAGGGAUCAAAGGCCUAGUAUGUGAAACUUCCGUUCUUGAUGCCGAUGAAGGUAUUCGAUUCAGAGGCCUAUCCAUUCCAGAAUGUCAGAAGGUCCUUCCCAAAGCCCCUGGUGGCGAAGAACCCCUCCCAGAAGGUCUCUUCUGGCUGCUCAUCACCGGCGACGUGCCCACCGAGGCGCAGGUGCGCGCGCUCUCCAAGGAGUGGGCGGAGCGGGCGGAGUUGCCCGCCCACGUCGUCCAGCUGCUCAACAACUGCCCGUCGUCGGUGCACCCGAUGUCGCAGCUGAGCGCCGCCGUCACCGUGCUGAACAGCGAGAGCAAGUUCGCGAAGGCGUACUCGAGCGGCGUGCACAAGUCCAAGUACUGGGAGUACACCUACGAGGACGCCAUGGACCUGAUAGCGAAGCUGCCUGUAGUGGCGGCCACCAUCUACCGCAACACCUUCAGGGACGGCUCCGGCAUCGGGGCCAUCGACACGUCCAAGGACUGGAGUUACAACUUCACCACCAUGCUGGGCUACGACGAGGCCAAGUUCAUCGAGCUGAUGAGGCUCUAUCUGACCAUCCACAGCGACCAUGAAGGUGGUAAUGUAUCUGCUCACACUGUCCAUCUGGUGGGUUCUGCACUCAGUGACCCCUACUUAUCAUUCGCCGCUGGUAUGAAUGGAUUGGCUGGCCCACUCCAUGGACUUGCCAACCAAGAGGUGUUGCUCUGGCUGCAAAAACUGCGCCAGCAAGUCGGCGACAAGGCGACCGAGGAGCAGCUCAAGGACUUCAUCUGGAAGACGCUCAAGUCGGGCCAGGUGGUGCCCGGCUACGGCCACGCCGUCCUCAGGAAGACCGAUCCGAGGUACACGUGCCAGCGGGAGUUCGCCCUCAAGCAUCUGCCCGAAGACCCUCUCUUCCAGCUGGUGUCUAAUGUUUACAAAGUAGUACCUCCAAUUCUUUUGGAACUUGGCAAAGUUAAGAACCCAUGGCCAAAUGUAGAUGCACACUCCGGCGUUCUCUUACAGUAUUAUGGCCUCAAAGAGAUGAACUACUACACGGUGUUGUUCGGAGUGUCGAGAGCGCUCGGCGUGAUGGCGUCGCUGGUGUGGGACCGCGCCCUCGGCCUGCCCAUCGAGCGACCCAAGUCCAUGUCCACGGCCGGGCUCAUGAAGGCUCUGAAGGCCUAG